GGUCAGUCGGCAACAUCACAACACACUCCCAUACUCGCCCCCUCCACCGCCAACGUCCUUGCAUCCACUCACUCGCUCGAGUUUGUACAUUCCGUCUUCUUAUCCCCUACCCACAUCCUUCCCUACUCGCUAUCGGAUCGACAUGAGUCGCUCCAACCGCACGGAGGAACAGGCCCAUGCCCUUUUCGAACUCGACAACAAUGAGCUCGAUGAAAUCUUGUCCGAGGACGACGAAGACGACGACGAUGUCAAGCCCAACAGCAAGGCGCUGGACGUGCCCACGAUUCUCAAGGGCCAGCUCAGCGAGCCUCGAUUCAAGACUGUUAACCUCAGACAGCUCCACGACCUCAUACAAUUUGCUCAGGUCGAACUUAGCCCCGAGUAUCAGCGAGAUGUUGUCUGGUCUUUAACCAAGAUGGUUGGACUUAUCCAGAGUCUGUUUUUCAACUAUUACGUCCCCCCUGUCAUCUUUGCGAUCGAAGACAACGCCGAGGGUGAAGAGGUUCGCGUCUGCAUCGACGGCAAGCAACGAUGCACGUCGAUCAUGCGCUUCAUGGAGGGCAAGAUUCCGUUCAAGGGAGCCAACGGCGAGAAGUUCUGGUACACAAAGUACGGUGAGGGCCAGCGGGGCGGACAGUUACUCCCGGCUUCGUUGAAACGCAAGUUCGACAACAUUGCUCUCCAGGUCGUCGAGUACGACAACAUCGACACAGACAAGCAGCGAGACAUUUUCCAGCGCGUGCAACUCGGUGUGGCUCUCAGCGCGCCCGAGAAGCUGCAGGCUCUGGGAGGGCAUUGGAGCGCCUGGAUCACAGAGCUUCAGAAGAAGUAUGUGGUGUCAGCAGGAGCCCUUUCGUCACAUCUCAUGCACUUUGAUGUGGCAAGGGGCAGGGCGUUCCAAAAUGUCCUCGCCUUUGUCAUGCUUGCGUUCGAAAACAAGUCUGGUUUGCACCCCACGAACGCAAGCGAGGUCAAGUUCCUCAACCGCACCGAUAUGCCGGAGAAGCCCUUCAAGAAGAGGGUGGACAUGGCGUUGGGUAUGUUCAACGAGAUUGCGUCCAGCCAUUACGAAACUGCAUUCGGGGACAUUGAGAAGCGAGUCGCGCCUGUUGAGUUCCAGUUCAUCGCCUAUGUCCUCUUCUCGAGGAUGUACACGCUGUCUUUGAAGCGUCUUGCGCGAGAAAUCUCGAAAAUGCGUAAUUAUGUGCGCAGAGAGCACGUCGACGUCCGCUCCAACAACAAGGUUUACGCUACCUUUUGGGAGUAUAUCGACAGCAUCCCUUUGACCAAGAUGCCAGGAGAGCUCUCAGCAGUGGAGGAGUGGGAAGCGGAGGCCGACGCGCAGCGGGAUGAGCGCCGGCAAAAGAAGCGCCGUCGCGAGGAGGAAGACGACGACGUCUACAACGGCAUGGCUGCCACGCGGGAUGAGCCCUCGGUUGUGACUGGCAGCCUUCGUUCAAGACAACCUGCGGAGGAGCGCAAACCUCAACUUCCCCCCGUUGAACACGUUCGCAUCGCGCGACCUCCGCCCGUAUCGAUGGAUGCUCCAGUCCAGUCCUCAUAUGCUGCUAAUGGCUCGAGCCAUGUGCAGCAUGACCCCAACAGUGCCGCCUACGCCCAGCAGCAGUCGCGGUUGUAUCAUCAGCAGCACCAGCACCAGCAGUUUACUCGCAGUGCCGGCACUGGUGCGCACGCCAACAGCACUGCCGGUCUCCCUCCCAAGGCGCCGGCGCAGCCUCUGCACGGCUUCCGCGCGGCGCUGGAGCACACUGGUAUCCCCCGCUCGGUGCUGUUGUGGAAGCCCAAGCUCCCCGGCCGUAACUGGACCAUCUUUUUCACCGUCGUCGGCACGCUCUCGUACCUGUACUACGACGACAGGAAGAAGGCCAAGCAGAUCAGGCAAGAGUACAUUGACAAGGUGUCAUACCUUGCCCAGCAGCCCAUGACCGGCAGCCUCGACAUCCCGCGCAAGGUCAAGGUGUACGGCGCCCGCUUCCCCGAGGACGACGACACUGACCGCUCGCUGCGGUACUUCCGUAAAUACGUCAAGCCGUACCUCGUCGCCGCGGCGGUCGACUACGAGCAGGUGCAUGCGCCGCUGUACGGCUCGAUUGCGCGUAUUGUCCGCGCCAAGACGGUGCGCGACCGGCGUGUGACGCUCGGCCUCGAGGCGCCCGACGAGGCCCUCUCCCUCCCCGGCGUGCUCUCGCCCGAGGCCGUCCGCCAGCGCGAGCUCGAGGGCGGCACCAUCCUCAUCGGCCGCCCCUCGCUCAAGGAGUACCUCGCCGGCCUGCACCUCGCGUACAACAACGGCGUCAACGAGUGGGUGUGGGAGAAGGAGAUUGACCGCGCCAUCAAGGACGACGGCGUGUUCGAUGAGCCGGUGACUGCCGCGCCAGAGGCACCUGUCGAGCCCGAGUCGACAACGGCGGCAGACCCCGCCGCGCCCGCAACGCCAAACUACACCAACCUGUCGUUCCUCUCCCGCCCUCCCCCUACUCCGGCAGCGCCUGCCGCCGCGGCGCCGGCACCAGUCGCCAUCCCCGACUCGUGGCACGCCGCGCCUGCCCAGCUGCCGCCGCAGCCGCCCAUCCUCCUCGUUCCGUUCCACAACCACCUCGGCUUCAAGCAGAUCCCGUUCAUGAUCUACGACUGGUUCACUGAGCGCAAGCGCGUUCAGGCCGGCGCCGAGGCCGCCUACGCUCUGCUCACGAACGAGAUCCGGCCGUUUGUCGGCCCCGAGGAGGGCGCCGCCCACCCCGACACCGACUUUGACACCAAGGCCGAGUCGUACUACAAGAACCGGUACGAAGGCCUCCCGGAGCGCACCGAGCAGGCCCGCAAGGACUACUACAAGGACCUUGCGCCCCGUCUCGAGUCGGCCCGCCAGUUUGCCCGCGGCGAGCGCGGCCUGACCGACGAGGAGAAGAAGAGCGACAAGCCCAUCGUGACCGAGGAUGCGCUGCGCGAGGAGCGAAGGAAGAAGGAGCUCAGGUGGCUCGGUGCAAUUGAGGGCUUUGAGAUUGUCCGCCCAGAGACGCCCACGGCCUGGGACCCCAAGUGGAACGGCUGGCUGCGUGUGUUUGAUACCUCGAACAAGGAGUGA